UUCUGGUCCUUCGGUUUUAUGAUCUCGAAUGUUUUGCUGUUUGUCUAUGGAAUCGGAUUUUUUAUAUUUGGAGCAUAUUUGAGACUACACUCCCCGAUAUAUACUGAUCUUUCGGGGGAAGAGAUGUCAACCGGAAUAGCAUUUCUCUUGAUGAUUAUGACCAUCACGUUUUGCACCGCGGCGCUCAUAGGAGUUAAAGCGUAUUUAGAACAUAGCCCGGAUUCGUUUAAAAACUAUUACGUUGCCCUCACUACUUUAGUCUUUUCUCAGAUCCUCAUCAUUCUAAUUAUAUUGGCGUUCGCUAAUAAGAUUAAAAAACUCAUCGGCCGAGAUUUGGAGGUAAUAGUUAAACAGAAAUACGGCAAGCCUACCGAAAAAAGCGUGAUAAAGUCUAUCGAUUUUAUUCAAAGCACAUAUAAAUGCUGCGGGGCAAACGAUUAUCAAGAUUACGCCGAUAGUUUUUAUCUAUGGACCCUGCCAGAAAAAGAUAAAUUCGAAACAAGAUUCUUACCCAGGAGUUGUUGCGUUGACCCCAGCGACGUUGAUUGCAAUAGAAUAACUAUUCUCAGGGAAUUCAAUAACUUUUAUUGGGAAGUUGUUUCGAAUUACAUAUUUACUAAGGGAUGUUUGAAUCAAUUGCAAAAUAUUUUCGUGGAUGAAAGUCUGGCUUAUAUGGUCGGAAACUUUAUAGCCAUAUUUAUAAUGCAGAUCAUAGCCAUUUAUUUUGCCUUUUCCAUGGAAUCAAAACUCUACGAGGAAAUGGGGUCCAAGAUGAAUCAAUCUCAGGAGAUGAAAACGAUGAGUAAUCAGUUACAAUUUGCAAACCCCGCGGAUAGAAAGACUAUCCUCGCUAAAAUGAUAGCAUCGCCUUUCAGCACCAAAUCCUCUACUAUGUCGGUGAAUAAUGCUAUCUCAGCACCCACUCCUCAACAAACCACGAUACCCAUCAUUACAACUGCACCCAUAGUCAUGACGAAUAGUUCUUUGAUGCCAAAUCAAAACAUAACUUUAACACAAGCCUCGGCUCCGUCCAUCAUUUCAACGCCAAUCAUAUUCGAAAAUGUCCCUCUAGGACAAUUGAUUAAUAUCGAGAAUGAGUCCAAACUAUCCCCAGUCAAACAAACCUCGCUUAGUGUUAAAGGAACCCCCGGUUUGCCAACUAUACCAGAAGAUCUGCCCAAAGAAAAUGUUUAUACAACCUCAUCCUUGGUCCAAAGACUGAUGGAUAAAACAUCUUCCUCUAAGAUUCAAAAUGAUGAUAGUAAUAAACUAGUUGGAUUAAGAGAUGAUAAACCCAAAUCAGCCAAAUCCUUAAAUGAAGAUGACGAUUAUUACUAUUUAAGAGACAUUUCAUAG